AUGAAAUCGGGUUGUAGCAGGACGCUGUGCUCCGCCUCGCUCUUACUGCUCGUACAUGCGCAGCCCUUGCUCUCCCAGACUGACGUCAAGUCAAAAGCUCUGGCCCAAGUUUUCUCGGUAGGUAGCAACUCACAUGGAGAGCUGGGCUUGGGGACUUAUCAGCCGACAACUGUCCCAGUAGCAUGCCCCAAGGGUCCAUUCAAUGCCGUCAGAGCAUUUGCUGCUGGGUAUCGAAGUGCUGCGCUCACGUCUGAAGGAAAAGUAUACUUCUGGGGAUCUAGCUGGCUGCACGAUCUAACUGUUCCAGGCGAUGGUUCGUACAAUUCGUAUCAUGCAAGUGCAGCAACGACGAUCGAUGUACCCAAUCCGACCUUGCUGUCUUCUAUGUAUUCAAAUGUCAUUGCCCAUGUAGCUGCUGGGUCAAAUCACCUGCUUGUGAGCACAGACCGGGGCAUCAUCUUCGCGCAAGGGGAAAAUCGAUUCGGGCAACUUGGCACUGGUGACAUUGAGAACCGAGAUGGUUUUGAACAGAUCGCUGAUUUCUCAGACUCGCUUGUGGUAGAUUUGCAGACAAGCCUGCAAAACUCUGCUGCAGUGCUAGGGAAUGGCAAACUUUACAUGUGGGGUGAGAAUACGUACGGUCAGAUGGGUUUGGAUUCGGAGGAACUGGGCUCUGCUUCGAGGGGGGUCUUUAGAGUACCGACUUUUAUCAAGACCCUUGAGAAGCAUUUCAUCGUUGCUGUUUCCCUCGGCACACAGUUCAUAGUUGUCUUAGAUGCUCAUGGAAAUGUCUUUGCUCAGGGACGAAACGAUUUUGGGCAGCUGGGGCUUGGACACUACGACCCUGUUCCUUCACCUACUCUGGUCAGCCAAGUCCCUAAUGUUGUUGCAAUCGCAUGUGGCCUGCAUCAUACCGUACUGUUGAACAUCUCAGGUGAUGUCUUUGUCACGGGAUCAAACUCUGCUGGACAACUCGGCCUUGGCGAUCAGAAGCAGAGAAAUACCUUCACACAUGUGCAGUUUGAACCGCAGGUGGUCUGUGACACGACAGACUCGUCCAUGCUGCAAGGCGAGACUGCAUAA